AGUUGCUCUCCAUGGGGCCAACGGAGCCAUGGUCGGUGAGGGAGAAGCUGUGCUUGGCUACCUCUGUCAUGAAGAGCGGGGACCAGAACUGGGUGUCUGUCAGUCGAGCCAUCAAACCAUUUGCAGAGCCAGGACGACCCCCUGAUUGGUUCUCACAAAAGCACUGUGCUUCCCAGUACUCAGAGCUCCUGGAGACAACAGAGACCCCAAAACGGAAACGUGGUGAGAAAGGUGAGGUGGUGGAGACGGUGGAGGAUGUGAUAGUCCGCAGGCUCACGGCAGAGAGGAUUGAUGAACUGAAGAGACUGAUCAAAGACACACAGGAGAAGCACAGGAAGCUGAAGACUGAGGCAGAGCUGAUCCAAGCCGGGCACCUGGACUCCAAGCUAGAGGAUCUAUGGGGAGAGAUUGUGCAGAAGAAGAAACAGGAACAGGACGAGGCAGACGUGAAAAGGAAGGUCACUGACACAGCCUAUCUAGCCAGACAGGCGGUGAAGAACACCCCUAAAAGAGUGCCCAGUGUGACCGUGCGCUCUCCCCUGGGGUGCGGCUCGCCAAGCCUCGAGUUCUGCCAAGGGGACACACCCCAGAGCACACCCGAGGACCCCAGCACCUCAGUGACUGCACCAGGAGUAGCAGGGUUCAUGCCACUGACUGAGGCCUGUGGGCUGGGUGGUGCAGAGUCAGGCCUGGGCACUCUUCUGGAUGAAUCCCCACAAAAGAAGCUCUUGGGCCAGAAAGCCACGCCGCCACCAUCCCCUCUCCUCUCUGAGCUACUGAAGAAAGGCAGUCUCCUACCCACAAGCCCCAGACUGGUUGGAGAUGGUGACCUGCCUGGUAAUAUGACAAUAGCACAUGACCUACAGCUCACAGGCUCUGUUCUAUUUGGCAGUCUAGCAACAGGUGCCCCUACACUUUCUCGUCUGCUGGAGGCUGGGCCUCAGUUCUCAACUCCGCUGGACUCCUUGGCCAGCAGCACAGACUCCUCCAGUGUCCUUCUCACUGCUGCUUCACCCCCCACUAUGGACUCCCCCGCCUCACUACACACAGGAGGGAAUGAGGUGGGGGCCUCCCAGCCUGGCCCAGGGGAUGGGACAGAAGAAGACCUAGUGACGGUGUCCUACAUGGCAGAAGAAUUGGACCUGGAGACAGUGGGGGACAUCAUCGCCAUCAUCGAGGACAAGGGUGAUGAGAAUACUGAGGCUUUGGAUGCGGCUGCAGUGGAGGCUGCUCUGUCCCUGUGUGAGGAGACAGGCCAUGCCCUGUCUGGCCAUUGGGAGCCAGGGCCCUUCAAGUCCCCUGAGUCUGACCCUUCUGGGUCCUCACACCUCUCCUCCUCACACCUCUCCUCCCUCGCUGGCAUUCUGGAGGUGAAGAGGGAGGUCCUGCAGUUACGGGGUGGGACCUCUGCAUGUGACAGCCAGGACAACUGUCCCUCAGGGUACCCACACCCCCUGGGCAUCAGCGGCCUUCCUUCCUCCUCCUGCUCGUCUAUGAUGCUGGAGCACAGCCAGGCUAUUGGGGCUCGUCUGCAGCCUGGGGCCAUGGGCGGGGCCGAUGGGGAGGGAAGCCCAGUCUCUCCUCACGCCACCAUCAGGUGUGAGAGUGAAGAGAGGACGGAGCAAGGAGCUGCACAUGCAGACUCCGAGGAUGGUCCCAUGACAAGAAGACAUUCCAAGGACGUAAAGGAGGAAGAGGGGGUGAGUGACGGAGAGGAGGGGAGUGCCUCAGAGACUAAAGAGGGCCUGGAUGGGGAUGGGGGGGAUGAGGAGGGGGACGGAGCAGAGGCCUACCUGUCGGAGGCAGAGGGGGAGACCGAGCUGGAACCCCCAGCCAGUGAGAGUGAGGACGGUUACAGUCUGCACACAGCCUCCUCCUCUCUGCAGCUCCACACCACUGCAGACUCUAUCCCCAGCAGCCCUGCCUCCUCCCAGUUUUCAAUGUGCAGUGAGGACCAGGAGGCCAGACAGGCUCAGAAGAUCUGGAAAAAAGCCAUCAUGCUGGUAUGGCGUGCAGCUGCCAAUCAUAGGUAUGCUAAUGUAUUCCUGCAGCCUGUGACUGAUGACAUUGCCCCAGGGUACCACAGUAUUGUUCACAGGCCCAUGGACCUGUCCACCAUUAAGAAGAACAUUGAGACCGGUCUGAUCCGUACCACGGCAGAGUUCCAGCGGGACAUCAUGCUGAUGUUCCAGAACGCGGUUAUGUACAACAGCUGUGACCACGACGUGUUCCACAUGGCUCUGGAGAUGCAGAGGGACGUCCUUGAACAGAUUCAGCAGUUCCUGGCCACACAGCUCAUCAUGCAGACCUCCGAGUCUGGCGUCAGCGCCAAGAGCCUGAGGGGCCGAGAGAGCACCCGCAAGCAGGACCCCUCGGACAAGGAUGGGGGCACCAGGGGGCGCCGUUGUGCCAUAGAAGCUGACCUGAAGAUGAAGAAAUAAGCUGCAGGGAAGCAGCUGAAGACUGGAAUAAGUCUGUCUGAUUGGUGUCCUCCGUGGUCAUGUCCCACUUGAUUACGCUAACGAAGGACACCACAGUCGGGGUCAAUGUCGUUUCAUGUCCUGUCACUUCAAUUGGACAUGGCGUGUCUAGCUGAGAGAGCCAUUCCUGAAUUGCAGUUUAGAGAAAAACGCAACGACAGCUGGGCGAUAGACAAAAAUCUAUCCAUGAUAAAAAAAUACCAUGAUAAAAUAGAAUACGUUUAUAACAUUAAUGUGCAGCAGUUCUUUAUUACCUUAACUACUAGUACUUUGAAUGUUGUAGCUAUCAAUUGUCCCAUUUAACUAUCACCCAUAUUAGCAGACUCAUUUAAUUUCAAACUUCACAUUUCUCCAGUAUAGGCUUCUUAUCGUAAUGAAAGACAUCAGCAAAAAGUCCACGAUAAGUGGUCGGUUCAGUCGGUGUCGAUCAUUUCCGGUUUAUCGUCCCAGCUCUAAACUCAACCCCAGCACUGAGAAUCACUUAUACCCCAACUCCUGAAUGUGUCAACAGAAAACAUAGACCUUGCAUUGUGUAUGUCAAUUGUUUUGAAGUCCUCUGUAUAGUAUUGUACAGGCAUGUCCCUUGUGUACAUAUGGUGA